UAAAGUGACAACACAAUUGGUAAAGUUGAAAGGAAAGGCUUCCAUCCAAACCCUCAACUUUUUGGGGGCGGGGUUGGAGUCGACCCGCGAAAAUGGGGGUAGAUUGGACCCAACUCCCACCAGAACUGGUAGAAUCAAUCGCGAAAAAGCUCACAAUUUACGCGGACUACCUCCGAUUCCGAGUGGUGUGCCACAGUUGGCUAGCCUAUGUCCCCAAAACUCCGCAGCACCUCCCUCCUCAGCUCCCCUGGCUGAUGCUCCCCCAAUCCCAGCCCAACCAAACACACCGCGCCUUCUUCAACCUCUCCAACAGCAGAGUCCACUUCCUCCACCUUCCAGAAGCUUCUCAUCGCAAGCGCCGUUGCGGCUCCUCCCACGGCUGGCUCGUCAUCCUCCACGAAACCCCCACCGUCCUUCUCGUUAACCCUCUCACACGUGCCAAGCGCCACCUCCCUCCACUCUCCGCCUUCCCCAACGUUGUUCGCUUUGACUAUUCCGAAGUCGGCCGUGAGUACGCGCUCCGAUCCUCGUCUGGAGAUGUCUACACGCGCAGCUUGGCCCAAAUGCGCGAUUCAUUUCUGAAAAAGGUCGUCCUCUCUUCGAGUCCUCUGGAAGCUAGCGGUUUUACUGCCCUAGCGAUUCUCAGUCAAACCGGUGACUUGGCGUAUUGCAGAGACGGAGACCAGUCUUGGACUUUCAUCGACGGCGCCCGAUCUUUUUCCGAGGACGUCAUAUCCGUGAACGGGUUGUUUUACGCCGUCGACAGUAAGGGUGUGGUCGCGGUGUGUGACGUUGAGGGUCCGUCAGCCCCUAGGGUUGCGAUUAUCCCAACGCCGAGGCUAGAAGAUGCCGCCGAUAUGCGAUAUUUGGUGAAUUCGGGGGCCGAUCUGCUGCUGGUCAGUCGGUAUUUGGAGAUUGAACGGUGGGAUAAUACAAAUGUGAAUUACAGAACGACGGGAUUUGACGUUUUCAGGAUGAAUUGGGUAGGGGCGAGGUGGGAGAAGGUUGAGAACUUGGGCGAGAGGAUGGUGUUUAUCGGAGAAAACUCUUCGUUUUCAUUGUCGGCGUCUGAUUUUCCGGGAAGUGUGGGAAAUUGCAUUUAUUUCACAGACGAUUACUCGGAAUCCAACUAUGAGAGCGGACUUGGGGGAUACGAUUCGGGGAUUUUCAGAAUAUGGGAUGGAACAAUUCAAGAAUUGCCCCCUUAUCCCAGGAAUUCGAAUUAUGAGGUGCAUUGGCCUCCCGGCUCUCUACCGCUUUGGGUUAUUCCUAAUCCAUGCUGAUGCAAGGCAGCAACAGCAAAUUAAAUGAAGCAAAGCAGGAGCUUCAAUUCAAUGAUUCUGGUAUGGUAAUGUUAAUCAAUGGUUUGUGUUAUUAUAUAUGUGUAUGUACUAUAUGUUGUUGAUGCAUGUAAUGUAAGUAAGCAAUAAAUUCAUUCUGUUUCUGUGGAGGAAGUGAUUGUCUCUAUCUAGUUAGUCAUUCUUUUAUGAGUAGAGUGACUGGUCCGAUUGUGUAACUUAUUGCACUAGAAAUAAAAUAUUUGUUCCCGCAA